CGAUUUCAGAAUAACACGCAAACGACUCUAACGGCUUUGACUGCGUAUUAUGAAGGCAAGAAGAGUUAUCGUCAAGACUUUCAACGUCGUUGCAUGGGUCCUUCUCGUAGCCUCCAGUUUAUACAGUAUCCUCGAACCUGAUAUUUGGUCCUUCACAAAAGAGGCUGAGAUACUCCCUGCCCGAUGGGGCUUCUACGUCUGGUAUCCGCUGAAUGUCCUGCUCGUCGCCCCCAUACUAUGCCAGUUCGUCCCAGACGGUAAUCUUCUCAUCAUCGAUGGCCUCUCUUGGGAUCUCCCCCUGCUCAACACUUCGACCGCCAUUUUCAUCCACCUAUGGAUUCGCGAGUGGUAUCUCACAGCCUUCUUUUUUGUGGUACUCUCUCGUCUCACCCUACACAGGCUACGCUCCAUCCUGAGGGAAUAUAAUUCGGAUGUCACUCUGGCAGAGACGCUCUUCGUCCGCCUUCCAUUGUCGUUUUAUGCUUCCUGGAUGGACGUACUUUUGGUCGUAGUCGGAUUCCAGGCUUUCACGGUCUCUUGGUUGAACUACAGCACCAGGAUGUGGGUGAAGGGAGAUGCCGGUCUUUGGACGGAGGUCUUCGUCUUCAUCGCGCUUGGCUACCUCCUCUCCGCCACAAUCACCUCGGCGAUCAAGAUCACUACUGCCGUCCGCGCAUUAAGACACAAUCGCACACCCUCUCUUCCCCUCCCACUCUCACCUAACUCCGGUCGAUCGCUCAUCUACGCCCUCUUCCCAUCGGACACCUUCCUCCCGCUAUCAGACCUCGCCUAUACCAUCCCCAUCACCUGGAACCUCUGGGCCAUCUUCUGGCUCCACCUUCAUCCGUUCUGGUACUCCCUACCCGGCCAUUCUGCUCCCCCCGGGUCACUGCCACCAUCAAGUACAGAUCUAGGCUCGCACGACAACAGUGAGCUGUUGAAAUACGGCACGCUAACGUUCGCGAUACUCUCGAGUAUCUGUGUCGUCGUCGCGGCGCUUAGAGUGAUCGUUUGGGUCGUGAAGGGAUGGAAGAGGAGCGGUGGGAUUAUCAGGGUUUCUGUCGAGGUGGAGGAUUGGUCGUGGGGUGGAGAUGGAAGGAGUGAGAUGACGAUGGGGCGAGGAGAGGAACGACAGAGAAGGAUUGGGAGGUGGGAGGUUGGAGCGGUGAAGUAUGGAAGCUACGGUUACACGAAUGUUGGAGGGGUUUCGGUGAGGUUGGCAGGUGAGGAGAUGGAAAGCGUGUGAAUAUUGUCUUGACGUGAGAUGCAGAGUCUAGCAGGAGCCGCCGGCAUCGAACAGCAGAUGAAGGCGAAAGGUUCACUCUCGGUUUUGUAGACUCGUGCAACAUUGGAUCGCUAGAAAUGUUCAACGUUGAGAUCACUGGCUUGUUCAAGCUGUGAUACGUAGGAUAACCUCACCGUAUGCUGUGAUUUGAGCGCGUAAAAGCGAUAAGAGGAUUUUAUUGCCACGGUCAUGAGGGAGAUUAAGCGAGUGCCACAGCGGAUACAUACCCUAACCCUAGAUUAACGCCACCCACUGCUCUGAAGAACGAGGCAGCUUUCUCUUUCACUACCAUUACUAUCGGUAUCGCUCAGCUCUGUUUCUUGUACACAUCGU